CCGCCUCCGCCCGCCCGGCGGCACCGCCGCGGGGACRGUCCCGGGAACCGGCGGCACCGGGGCACGGCCACAGCGCUGCGGGGUCGUGGGCAGCACGGCGGGCAGGAGGCCGCCCGGCCUCGGGGCCCCGGGGGGCGGGGGCCUCUCGGCCCCUGGGCGUGCCCUGGCGCGUCGGCAGCGGGCGGUGGUGGGGCCCCGCUCCGCGGCCCCGCGGCCCUCGCGGCGCCAUGGGGCCGCUGCUGUGGCUGCUGCUGGUGCCGCUGGGCGCGGGCUCCGCGGCGUACGAGGUGUACGUGGAUGCCCGACGAGCCGAGCGGCCCCUGCAGCACUUUUGGAGGAGCACUGGCUUCUGCCCUCCUUUGCCUCACAGUCGUGCUGACCUGUUUGACCUGAGCAAAGACCAAGAGCUGAACCUUGCCUACAUUUCUUCUGUUCCACAUGGCGGCAUUGAACAAGUUCGGAUUCACUGGUUACUGGAGUUAGUUGGUCUUAGAGUGAUGAAUGGCAAACUUUAUUACAAUUUUACUGCCUUGGAUAACCUUAUGGAUCACCUGUGGGAAAAUAAACUGAUUCCAGGAUUUGAAUUUAUGGGGAAUCCGUCAGGAUAUUUUUCAGAUUUUGAAGAUAAAGAACAGGUAGUAAAAUGGAGAAACUUAAUUACCAUUCUGGCCAGGAGAUACAUAGAUAGGUAUGGACUGGAGCAUGUUGCUAAAUGGAAUUUUGAAACAUGGAAUGAACCAGACCACCACAACUUUGACAAUGUGUCCAUGACAGUAGAAGGGUUUCUCAACUAUUAUGAUGCUUGCUCAGAAGGAUUAAGAACAGCCAGUCCUUUUUUAAAAUUUGGAGGGCCUGGGGAUUCCUUCCAUCCUUUACCCAAGUCACCCAUAUGCUGGAGUCUUCUGUGUCAUUGCUACAAUGGGACCAACUUCUUCACAGGGGAGACUGGUGUCAGGCUGGAUUACAUCUCUCUCCAUAAGAAGGGAGGUGGGAAUUCUCUCUCCAUCUUGCAACAAGAAGAAGAAGCAGUUCAACAAAUUCAGAAGCUGUUUCCAAGUUUUUCUUCUAUUGCCAUAUACAAUGAUGAAGCAGAUCCAAUGGUUGGAUGGUCUAUUCCACAACUCUGGCGAGCUGAUGUGACCUAUGCAGCUAUGGUUGUAAAGGUAAUCAUCCAGCAUCAAAAUCUGCUCAUUUCCAAAGCCAACAACACCAUCAACUACUCAUUGCUGAGUAAUGACAAUGCCUUCUUGAGCUACUACCCCCAUUAUUUCACACAGCGGACUCUGACAGCACGUUUUCAAAUGAACAAUACAAAGCCACCUCAUGUCCAGAUGGUGCGGAAACCAGUGCUGACUGCCAUGGGCUUGCUGGCACUGCAAGGAGAAAAGCAGAUUUUUGCAGAAGUGAGGAUCAAUGGAGAUGAGAGUGCUCAAAACAGCACAGUUGGUGUGCUGGCAUCUGUACAUACCCCAAGUGAGACACAGCCCUCAGACAGCUGGCAAGCUACUAUACUGAUGUAUUCAAGUGAGGAUAACAGAACUUCAUCCAACGUCAGCACAGUCCUAGUGAAUGCCACCCACUUCCCCAGACUUGGAGAGAUGGUAUAUGUGACAUACUAUAUGGAUAACAACCAAACCAAUCCCUAUCUGAAGUGGAAAAACCUUGGAAGCCCUGACUUCCCUUCUCCAGAACAGUUCCAGCAAAUAAGGGAUGCUGAGGACCCACUGACAACAGGCCCAUUCUCAUUUCCUGAAGGUGGCAUCCUGACACUGAAACAAGUCUUUCCCAUUCCCUCAGUCUUUCUUCUCCACAUCUGUGCAAGACCCAGAUCUGCUCCUGAUCAAGUGACUGGUGUUCGUUUGAUCCCUCUCACAAAGGGGCAGGUUAUUGUGCUGUGGGACGAUGACUGUGUAAAGUCAAAGUGUAUAAAGACAUUUGAAGUGGAAUUCUCAUCAGAUGGAAAAGCGUACCAGCGGAUCAAUGCCAAAGACACAAUAUUCACUCUCUSGGUCUACAGUCCAGGAAGCUCAGUCUCCGGCUUUUACAGAGUGCGUGCCAUUGACUACUGGGGGAAGGCAGGCCCGUCCUCUCUUCCCGUGGGGUAUGAUGAAGCUUUCCAGUGACCCUGAAGAGUGAUGCCUGGCUUGGUGUCAGAGUGGUGUAUGCUCCUUGCAAAUGACAACUCCCCAGAAAAGUAAACUCCUCCCAUGUUGAGGAGGGAGUAUGGAAACGACCUGAUGAAGCAAAUUAGGAAUGCAAGAUAGAAGCAAUUGCCCUUAUUAACUCUUCACAGCACAAAAUACACCAUUAUCUAACAACCACAACUGACAACCCAGCUGGUAAGGGGAUACUGUAGGACUGGGAUUCAGCCUGCUAACCAGGAAUUAUGGGAAUAAAUAUUUAUUGUUCCCUAUUUUACACUGAGCUAAUAGCCAGGGCAAGCUAAGUUUUACUGAGGUUACAAACUGUAGCAGGAACAGGACCAUUUACUGUGUGAGUGAGGAUGGUAGCAGAGGCAUAUGGAGGACCUGUCUGAGAGUGAACUGUCUGCCUUAGUUGCCAKGCUAUCUUAAGAUAAUGAUUUGAUGGAAAAAUGCCCAACAACAAGACACAUUCAGAGCAUGAAGUGAAGGAUCCCUUAUUCCCUGCUGUUUAGUCACAGUGGGUUAUUUCAGAGCACUUCCAUGUCUUCAGGUGCAUGAGGUUUUUCAGUCUCUCACAGAGGGGUUUGCAUCCAGCUCUGUCUGUAUUUGUGACCAUUACAUGGAUGCCAGAGCUAUUUCCCAUAGGCAGAGGAAGGGCUAUCAGCUCAUCCUCAGAAGGGAGAAGGCACGGAAAGCCCUGUCCUGCAGAUUUCCYUGCCUUUUCUCUGUUUUGUUUUUGCCCAAGUCACCUGUUUGCACUCUGGCUGUCAGCUGCUGCCUCUUCGUGGUGGAAGCUCUAACCCUGAAAGACCCUGUUUUGUCACCUGUAGGGUGUUCUACAGCCUUUACAGCCAACACCUCCCCUCAUAGACUGUAAGUGAGAACUCAGCUCUGCRUGGCCAAGAGAAAGCUGAAACACUAGUUAGAGCCUUUUGUGUUUUCAUAUGACAGGACAGCACACUCUUGAAUCUAGCAGGGCUGCUACUUACCACACUUAGGCAAUCAGCCAAGAACAGUUUGAGCUCCUGUGCUUUGCAAAGCAUGUGCACAAGUGUGUGAUAGCCUCAGAUCACGGGCUACAGAUCACCACUGGCUAUGCUUGCAGCUGCCAAACAUUCUAUGUAAACAGCAAAAUUCCCUGAAAUUGCAGGGGUGCUGUUUUAUUCUUCCCUUUUCACAACCAGCACAGUUUGAGCUGUGUCUUUAACAGGCUUAUAGGAGAGAAGGAUAAUGCCAGUCAAAACAGCUGAAGUGUUUUCCAUAAGAGGAGUGACUUUGUCACACAAACAAAUCCCCUACUGCUCUCUUUGCUGACAUCAGCCACCUCACCAACAUAACAACAAAGACUGCAUAUUUGGUGAAACAUUCAGGUCUCAGAAAAAAAAGUGCCCAAGUUUGAGCAAUAGGAGAGAGCUGAACUACCUCAAAUACCCUCAACUUCUACAGCACAGAAAAGAAGCAUACACAAAAAGUUGGUGUAUGUGAAAUGUGGCCUUGUAUCUCCAUACUUUCUGGUUACUUGUUCAUGUGCUUGUACUGAAAAUUAGCCUUAAAAGAUACAUUUUGUCUCUGAAUUCAGGUGAAAUAUUUCUUGCCUCAUGUUAAUUUUAAUAAGGGGCACUUGUCACAUCCUAGUCCUUCAAUUUCUUGUCCAUACAGGCAGAACAGGAAAGGGCCAUUGAGCAUACUGAAUUAAAAACCUUCUCAAUUUAAAAAACGUUCCUGAGACAUUCUAUGUGGAUGGAGAUAGCAAAAAUACAUUUUAAUGUUGUGAUAAUUGCCCCUGAGUGAAGAAUCAAUGUACACAGUUAAGUAAAACGUAGCAGUUAACACAUGUUGUUUGGCUAGUAUGAGGUGGAACCACAAAUAAAAUGAUUAGAGAAAUACUACAUAUAGGGUCUUGAGAGAUUUUAGUGUGUCUGAAACAGGGAAAGAUAUGGGAGCUUGAGAGGACAGGUUAGUCUGUUAGAAUGUCCUGCUUUAAAAUUUUCCCACCCUGGCAAUCAGAAUAUAGCAGUCUUUAUGAAACCAAGAACUAUGCACUAGUUACAGGUGUAUGAAAAAAAAAAAAAAAAAAAAAAAAAAAAAAAAAAAAAAAAAAAAAGAAAAAAGAAAAAAAGAAAAAAAUAGAAACAUAGAUGUAGUGAAUAGAAUUGAUUUCGUUAUGCAGGGAUGAAAAUGUAUACAUGUGCAAACCAUGAAAAAUAGAAGAUUUCUUCCGAAAAUCUUCUUUGCUGCUAUGAUAUAAACUCAUUCCUUUAAGAAAUGAGCACGUAUAAACAGAGAGAAGAGAAGUUGGUAUUUCCAGGUAUGAGUUUAUUUCGAACAAAGUAUAGAAGUUUUGAAAUGGCGUUUUCUUUUUUUAACAUCUAAUGUCUACAGAAAAAAACGCUGUUUAGUACUUGAAACUUGAGAUUUCUGUAACCAUCUGUUGCUGGCUCUGUCUGAUAGUGUUUUCAAAAUUGCAUGUUUGACUAAUCUACUCUGUUACACAUAGUGAUCAGCUCUCCAUUACAGUUUGAGUUUUCAGAAGUGCCAAAUAUCUGUAGCGCUAGGUGUGAGUAUCAGGUGCUUAGUAGUUCUGUAGUAUCAUAACCAAAGUAAGACUGCAGAGCACUCAUGUAUGUCUCUUGCUGUUCAUUAAUCCAAAUAAGAAUAUGUAACUGCAACUGCACAAGGGGAUCGAUUGCCUGCGCUUCAAACAAAAGCUUGUGAGGUUAUAUAACCAUUUUGCAACUUAAAGAACCUUUCAGCUGAGUAUUUUACAUUGUCUAAUUGUGUAUAUGCUGCAUUUGUUAAAAUCUUUUGUGCUACCCAAUAAAACUGGUUUUUAAUCUUA